AUGGUGUUCUUCAACGCGCCUGCAGCGAUCCUGAGCCUGCUCGCCGUCACCUUCCUCUCCUCCACAUCUGCGAAACUUAUCGCCCAGCCGUCGCCUACUACACCGGCGCGCCUCGAUGAUUUCGACCGAUUGAAGUUGGCACUCGCAAAACGACAAGCAUGUGCUAACCCAUGUGGUUGGGGGGACCAGUUCUGCUGCUCAAGCGACCAACAGUGCUUCACCGAUGCGAACCAGAUCGCCGGGUGUACUGCUGGAGGCAGCGGCGGCGGAUGGAUUUACAGUACCUUUUACUACACCGCAGCGGAGACCAUUACCAAGGCCUCCACUUGGAGUACUUACGUCGGUGCCAACCCGACCUCAUCGUCAUGCGCGUCUGCCGAUGUGUGUGGCUCUGCAUGCUGCAGCAGUGGAGAGUGGUGUGCCGACGCCGACAAUAGCAUAUGCAAAGUUAUCGGAGGUGGAUCAGCAGGAUCUCCUGGAGUUACUGGUACCGGUAUAAACCCAUCCGCACCGUUGCGUCCUACGAGCUCAGGAGUAAUUGUAAUCACAGCCACCGGUUCCGCCUCUGCCACCGUCCCCUUCACUACACCAAUCCCGACUGGCGUCAACGGAACGCUCGUAGAGUCGAACUCAGGGGGGGGAGGCCUCAGUGGUGGAGCCAUUGCCGGCAUCGUCAUUGGUGUCAUUGCUGGUAUCAUCCUCCUGCUGCUCAUCUGCUUCUACUGCUGCGCCAAAGCCGCUUUCGAUGGUGUUCUGGCUAUCUUCGGCCUGGGCAAGAAGAGGAGGCACACGCACGAGGAAACCACGUACAUCGAAGAGCACCACAGCGGUGCCGCCGCUGGCGCUGGCGGACGUCGUUGGUACGGCCAGGCUGGAUCGUCCCGCCCUUCGCGACCACCGAAGAAGGACAGUGGCGGACUGGGCAAGAUGCUGGGCGUCGGUGCCGGUGUCGCUGGAUUGGCGGCUCUCUUGGGCAUGAGAAAGAAGAACGAGCGCAAGCACUACGACGACAAGAGCACCACCGUGACCGACUCUUCCUACUAUUACAGCGACUACACCAGUACUAGCAGUGCCAGUUCUGACGACCGACGAACGCGCCACACGCGACAAUCGUCACGCCGCUAG